CCCCCGAAGAAAAGGUUAAUCCCCCAAAGAAGGAAGGAAACAAAUAAAGACAAGUUGGACACUAAAAUUUUUGAAUUGUGCAUGGAGGACGUUUGGACAUGCAUAGAUCCGGAAAAGAAGAGUGAUUAUGCAUAUUUUGAUUCAUUGUGGUUUAAUACCUACACGAAGGAGAAUGAUAAAUCGAAUGUCCUCAGAUGGAUAAAAGCUAAGAAAAUAUUCUCAAGGCGAUAUGUAUUUGUCCCUAUCGUUUGUUGGGGUCACUGGAACCUCCUUGUGUUGUGCAAUUUUGGUGAGACAGACUACUUAGGUACUGAAAAGGGGCCACGUAUGCUGCUCUUGGAUUCACUUAAAACGGACAAUCUGACGUGGCUGCGAACAUCCAUCAACAGAUUUGUUGUUGAUAUUUUAAAAAAUGAAGAGCGGGAAGAGUUAGAGCAGUUCGUAAGUCAAGUCGAGCUCGAGUUUCCUGAG